GGGUGGCCAGCAUGCUCAGCGGCACUAAGACAGCUGAGUCACACAUAUAUACAGAGCCGGAAAAAUACUGACAAAAAAAGAGCUGCUGCUGUUGAGAAAUUCUUCCGAGUCCACUGUUGUCCGAGAACCACCGGAAAGAUGCUAACUAUAACACUGAAGACACUCCAACAGCAGACGUUCAGAAUCGAAAUAGACCCAGAACUGACGGUGAAAGCCCUGAAGGAGAAAAUAGAAGAGCACAGAGGUAAAGAUGCAUUUCCUUCAGUGGGACAGAAACUCAUCUAUGCAGGCAAAAUCUUAAACGAUGAUAUCCCACUGAAAGAGUACAAAAUCGAUGAGAAGAACUUUGUGGUGGUCAUGGUUACCAAGCCCAAACCAACCUCUCCUGCUGAAGCAGCCACUCACUCCGUUCCCACGCCAGCUGCAACUCCAGUGCCACCCUCAGCUGCAGCACCAGCACCAGCCUCUGGCCCAAAACAGGUGCCCUCCACACCAACACACACAAUGUCUGCUGCUGUACCUGCCUCACAGUCAGUGCCUCCAUCGGAAGCCCCGCCCUCUGUUCAAGAAAACACCACUAUGGCUUCUGUUGGUGCAACAGCAAAACCCACCUUGGACUCACACUCAGAAUCAGCUCUGGCCUCUGGUUCCACAGCCACUGUUGCCUCUUCCACAGCUCCUGAAGCUGUACAGGAAGCCCCUGAGUUAGUCCCUACAGAUAGCCCCACCCCUGCUGCCCAGUCAGAAGAAGAGCUGAGGGAAGACCCAGAGAAUGAACCAUCUGGCACAGCACCAGUCCAGUCCUCUGCUUCAAGCCUCGUUGAUGAACUGGGUCUUCUUGAAGAAGCAGCAUCAAUACUGGUGACUGGACCAGCAUAUGAAAACCUGGUGUCAGAGAUUAUGUCGAUAGGAUAUGAGCGGGAGCAAGUUGUUGCUGCACUAAGAGCCAGUUACAACAACCCAGACAGAGCAGUGGAGUACUUGCUCAUGGGUAUUCCAGCAAGGGCUAGUGGUCUGCACAAUCCACAGCCAAGUAGACAUAGUACUCCAGCCAACCCCUCUACACCUUCUACAGAAGAACCACCACAGCAGCCUCCAGCACCCCCCAGUAGGCCUGUGUCCAGCAGCCAGCCUGUCACUGCUGGAGGAGGGUCUGGCUCCAUAGAGAACCCUCUGGAGUUCCUGAGGAACCAGCCUCAGUUCCAGCAGAUGAGACAGAUCAUCCAGCAGAACCCAGCCCUCCUGCCAGCCCUGCUGCAACAGCUCGGGAGAGACAACCCACAGCUGCUGCAGCAAAUCACAGAGCACCAGGAGCGUUUUGUACAGAUGCUGAAUGAGCCACAAGCUGGAGAUACAGGAGGAGAAGAUGCUGAUACCCAUGGGUCACCACACACUAACUACAUCCAGGUCACCCCACAGGAGAAAGAGGCAAUUGAGAGGUUAAAAGCACUGGGAUUCCCUGAAGGUUUAGUCAUCCAGGCGUACUUUGCUUGUGAGAAGAAUGAGAAUCUAGCUGCUAACUUCCUGCUACAGCAAACAUGGGACGAUGAGUAGGCCCACAUCACCGGGCUCAUCACUGCUCAACAGAGGGCUGCAGAGUGGAUGACACCACUGCAAGUCUGCCAGGGAGAAACAAGGGCAGGAGAGGAAGGGGAUAUUUCUUUUCACACCAUGAGACUGUGGCCAUUAAAUGACGAUGAUGAUGAUGAUGAUGACAAUGAUGACAUGGUGUUCAAAGUUAGUUGCGCUGCCUACUCUUCAUUCAGCUAUGAUGAUCAUCAUAGGUGCUACCACUGAGCAUUGCCUCACUGCUACUACAUCAUUACUGCUGAUGCUUGUAUUGAGUGACCACACUGACAGAAGUCCCACCAGUAAAUUUGCAAACAGCCUACAUCACAGGCCAGCAGGAUUUAAGUUAGAGGAUUUCCUCUGCAGUGAGCUCACAGGCUGCCUGUUGAACAUGUUAAACUAAUGUACAUGUGUAAAGUAAGGUAAUAUAUAAUAAAUGAGAAAAAAUGCAUUUUCAACAUGCCUACAUGAACCUACAUGUCGGAGUUCCCUGAACAUUUGACUAAAACUGUUGACCUCACUGCUUGGAAGCUACUAUUGAUUUAGAUCAAAGCUCAUAUUGGAUCCUGUCACUUCCGCUGCUUCUUUUGUCCAUGCAAAAAGUCUUUGCAAAUUCUUCUAUUGGUGUCUGACCAUGUAGAUGUGUAAAAGGUGACUGAAUUUCACAGCUGGAUAGUUGAAAUGUUGACACCUAUUCAACCGUUCCCCAAAAAGGAGAAAUGAUAAAAUGUUUUUAAUUGAGAUCAUUUACAUUUUAAUUAAAUGUAGAAAUGUUAGUGUCCUCUAUCUUUCACAAGUCGAGACCAUCUCAAAGUUUUGUCUUUUUGAUGACUGACUUACUCAGUCUGUUGAAAAUGCACAUCUGAUAAUGUCACAAAGAGUCCCUGCAAUUAGGGUUAGAGAAACUCGUUUUCCACAAGACACCUGUUAAGUCAGAAUGAAUCACUCACACAAGUGCAGUUAAACUGUUGUUGCCUUGUUAAGGAAAGCUCUGGGGACAGUCGAUAAUAAUGAUAAUAAGGCAAAUAAAGAAACAGUGAUGUAAUUCGUCAUCUGCUGUUGCUGCUUCUCCUCUUCCUUCUCCACCAAGCAUUUGAGGUUUUAGUAGCUCCUCACUGAGUCUGCUCUUGUGCCCUGCAUUUUGACUUAAAGGUGUUUUUUUUUUCAGUUUGUUGUGAUGGUGUGAUUGAGUCACUUUAUUUUAGUGUCAUUACAUUAUUAGUACAAACUGCAUCUAUUAGUUAAAUUUUUUCUUGAUGGUUUGGAUAAGUAAUAUUUUACUUUAUGUA